CUAGCCAGGAGCAUGGAAGGCAACCAGACAUGGAUCACAGAAGUCACCCUCCUGGGAUUCCAGGUCGAUUCAGCACUGGAGUUUUUCCUCUUUGGACUUUUCUCUGUCUUCUACACCCUCACCCUUCUGGGGAAUGGAGUCAUCCUGGGGCUUAUCUGCUUAGACUCAAGACUUCACACCCCCAUGUACUUCUUUCUCUCACACUUGGCCAUCAUCGACAUAUCCUAUGCCUCCAGCAAUGUCCCCAAGAUGCUGGCAAAUCUUGUGAGUCAGAAAAGAACCAUCUCCUUUGUUCCUUGCAUUAUGCAGACAUUUUUGUAUCUGGCUUUUGCUGCUGCAGAGUGCCUGAUUUUGGUGGUGAUGUCCUAUGACAGGUAUGUGGCCAUCUGCCACCCCCUCCAUUACACUUUCAUCAUGAGCUGGAGAGUGUGCACUGUCCUGACCAGUGCUUCCUGGGCAUUUAGCUUUCUCUGGGAUCUUGUCCACUUAGUUCUCAUCCUGAAGCUGCCCUUCUGUGGGCCUCAUGAAAUCAACCACUUCUUUUGUGAAAUCCUGUCUGUCCUCAAGUUGGCUUGUGCUGAUACUUGGCUGAACCAAAUUAUCAUCGUUGCAUCCUGUGUUUGCAUUUUAGUCGGGCCCCUCUGCCUGGUGCUGGGCUCCUAUGCGCGGAUCCUGGCUGCCAUCCUGAGGAUCCAGUAUGCUGAGGGCCGCAGGAAGGCCUUCUCCACCUGCUCCUCCCACCUCUGCGUGGUCGGGCUCUUCUUUGGCACUGCCAUUGUCUUGUACAUGACCCCCAGAUCCAGCCAUUCUCAGGAACAAAGGAAGAUUCUGUCAUUGUUUUACAGCCUUUUCAACCCUAUGCUGAAUCCCUUAAUCUACAGUUUGAAGAAUGCAGAGGUGAAGGGUGCCCUGAGAAAAAUUCUAGGGAAGAAGAGGUCAGUGUGAGGGAUGGUUUGGAGUGUCCUCUGUGAGCCUGUCUUCAUGACUCUGGACCUUUGAAUGCUCUUUUGAAACCAUUAAUUUAACAAAUUAGCACCCUUUAUCUUCAACAUUUUUAAAAACUGAGAAAAUAAAUACUCAUAU